AUGGAUUCUCUGCUUCCUGUUAAUGGACAACGGCCCAAAUUUGCUCAAUUGUAUGUUUAUGAUACGGAAAAUGAAAUCGAUAAUAGAAUGAGAGUACUGAAUCCCUCUGAUGAACUUAAAACUAUUGAUAGAAAAAUUGUUGGGCAAAUUAUAGAAAUGUUCGAUCGUGUAAAUGAGAUAGUGAAAUCAUUUAGGAUGGCAAGGGAUCGCUUCAAAGAAAAUGAUUUUCUACCUAUACGAUUAAAGUUGAUCGGCACACGUGCUGACAAAACUCAGUACAAACCCCCUUCGUGUUCUAAGAUUGCUGGAUUAAUAGUUGGUGAUUUUGGUAGUGCUGAUCGUCAAAGAGAUAUUGUUGUUGAACAUAAAAUAGAAGGAUUAAAACGGAUUAGUGAUUUACAUCCUUCUUUCAUGGCUAUGCAGUAUCCUAUAUUGUUUCCUUACAGAGAAGAUGGUUUUCUGAUAGGAAUGAAAUAUAAUAGUGAUUCACAAAGAAUAAUUGGCUCUAGAAAAAAUAUUACAAUGCGAGAAUUUUAUUCUUACAGAAUCCAAAAUAGGAUAGCUGAGGGCAAAACACUACUAAGAGGAGGUAGACUUUUCCAACAAUAUUUGGUUGAUACAUUCUCAUGUAUUGAAGAAGACCGUCUUGAUUAUAUAAGGAGAAACCAGGCAGAUUUGCGGAUAGAGAUUUAUAAAGGAAUUAAGGAUGCUGUUGUUGCAGGUGAUGUUGAUGGUAAUACUAUUGGACAAAAAGCAGAAGAUCGACCUGAUAUUGUGAGUAGAGUUUUCAGAAUGAAAGUCGAAUCGCUAAUGAAUGAUAUUAAAAAAGGAAACUACUUUGGAAAAACUAUAGCUGAUUUAUAUACAAUUGAAUUCCAGAAAAUAGGCCUUCCUCAUGUGCACAUUUUAGUUUGGUUACAUCCAGAUCAUAAGUUUCCAACAGUUGCAGAUAUAGAUUUGAUUAUUUCUGCCGAAAUACCAGAUAGAGAUAUUGAUCCAACUGGAUAUGUUGUUGUUUCCAAGUUUAUGAUACAUGGACCAUGUGGCUCUGCAAAUCUUAAAGCACCAUGUAUGGGUAAAGGUCGAUGUUCAAAAUAUUUUCCCAGGGAAUUUAGAAAUGAAACAAUUGUAGAUAAAAACGGAUUUGCUAUUUAUAGACGAAGAAAUAGCGGAAGAUUUGUGACAAAGAACGGCAUUAAUCUCGACAACAGAUAUGUGGUGCCGCACUGUUUACCUUUGAUAGUUAAAUAUCAGGCUCAUAUUAAUAUUGAGUGGUGCAACAAGUCAAGAUUAAUCAAAUAUUUGUUUAAGUACAUAAACAAGGGUCCAGAUCGAACUAGAGCUAUAAUAGAAGACAAUUAUUUGUCCAACAGCAACAAUUCUAUCAGACAAUAUGAGCAAGUUGAUGAGAUUAAAAGGUAUUUAGACUGUAGGUAUUUAUCAGCAUACGAAGCAGUUUGGAGACUAUACCAGUUUGAUAUACAUUCUAAACAACCUACAGUUGAGCGGUUGGCUUUACAUUUGCCGUUGAUGAAUAAUGUGACAUAUCAUGGAAGUCAAAACUUAGUUGAUGUUCUAGAUCGAUGCAAUGUCGAGAAAACAAUGUUUACUGAGUGGAUGGUAACAAAUGCAACCUAUGAUGAUGCCUGUGAACUAACUUAUGCAGAAUUUCCUACUAAAUGGGUUUGGCAUUCAACCGAAAAAAUAUGGACAAGACGUAAAAAAGGAAAUCGAAUUGGAAGAAUUAUUUAUAUUCAUCCAAAUGCAGGUGAACUUUAUUUUCUAAGAAUGCUUCUAAAUAAAGUUAAAGGGUCGAGAAAUUAUACUGAAAUUAGAACUAUCGACGGUGUUGUGUAUGAAACUUAUCGAGCAGCGUGUGAUGCACUUGGUUUGCUUUGUAAUGAUAUGGAAUGGCGACAAGCAUUAGAGGAAGCAUCUCAUUGGUCUUCAGCUGCUGAUUUAAGACAACUUUUUGUUACCUUGAUCAUAUUUUGUGAGGUAGCUGAUCCUGUAAAAUUGUGGAAUGAUUUUUGGAAACUCUUUGCGGAUGAUAUUUUAUAUAGAUUAAAGGCAGUAUUGGAAGUUUGCGAACUGCGAAUACCAGAAUUACAAUUACAAAACUACAUUUUAUUUGAGUUAGAAGUGUUGUUCAACAAAAAUUGUAGCUCACUUUCACAAUUUAACCUUCCAAUUCCAAAUAGAUUAAUUUUGGAGGAUAUGAAUAACAAGUUGUUGCGAGAGGAAUUGGAUUACGAUGCAAAUGCUUUGGAAUCUGAACAUGCGGCAUUAUCAAAGGGAUUGAAUGAAGAACAAAAGACUAUAUAUAAUUCUAUUUUGACUUCUAUAUACGAAGAUAGAGGAGAAGUGAUUUUUGUAUAUGGACAUGGUGGGACAGGAAAAACUUAUCUAUGGCAGACAAUAAUCUCUAAACUUCGUUCGGAAGGUAAAAUAGUUUUGGCUGUUGCUUCAUCUGGAAUUGCCUCGCUUCUACUUCCUGGCGGACGAACAACACAUUCACGAUUCAAAAUACCUUUAAAAAUUGAUGAAUUCUCAACAUGUGAAAUUAAAAAAGGAACACAGCUUGCGAAGUUGCUUCACCAUACCAGCUUAAUUAUAUGGGAUGAAGCACCAAUGAACCAUCGAAAUUGUUUCGAAGCUUUGGAUAGGUCAUUAAGAGAUAUCUUACAAUCAGAUGAUGGAAAUAUUGAACAAAAGUUAUUUGGCGGUAAAACUAUUGUCUUUGGAGGUGAUUUUCGACAAAUACUUCCUGUUAUUAUUGGCGGGACAAGGCAGGACAUAGUUAAUGCAUCUAUCAGUAAGUCAUACAUUUGGGAUGUCUGUAAAAUUUUUCGGCUCUCUACAAAUAUGAGAUUGUUAAAAUGUCCAUCAGAUGAGAUAUCCAAAGAAGAAUCAGUAACUUUUGCCAAAUGGAUACUAGAUUUAGGAGAUGGAAAAUUGGAUACCAUUAAAUUAGACAAUGAAGAAGAGGCUACUUGGAUCAAGAUUCCAGAUGAUAUGCUUAUAAAAGAUAGUGGAGAUGGUAUUAAAGAUAUUGUUUCUGCUGUAUAUGAUGACAUCCAACAAAACUACAAUGAUGCCACAUACUUAAGAGAUAGAGCUAUUUUUACACCUGUGAAUGAAACAGCCGAUGAAAUAAACAAAUAUGUCUUAUUUUUACUACCAGAUGAAGAUAAAGUUUACAUGAGUUCUGAUUCGAUUUGUAAGUCGACGACAAAUGCUGAUGACAAUGAUGUUCUGUACCCUGUAGAUUUUUUGAACUCUUUAAAGUUUAAUGGCGUGCCUCAUCACGAACUCCAUUUGAAAAUUGGAGCCCCGAUAAUGUUGUUACGCAAUAUCAAUCAAAGUGCAGGCCUGUGUAAUGGCACUCGACUAAUUAUUACUCAGUUGGCGUCGAGGGUUAUUGAGGCUCAGAUAUUCACUGGAAAUCAUGCUGGUGAAAAAGUUUAUAUCCCUCGCAUUAUAAUGCAUGUGACGGAAACAAAGUGGCCUUUUACAUUGAAAAGAAGACAAUUUCCAAUUCGUUUAUGUUAUGCUAUGACAAUCAACAAAAGUCAAGGGCAAACAUUGGAAAAAGUAGGUCUUUAUCUGCCAAGAUCGGUAUUCUCGCAUGGACAGCUUUAUGUUGGAGUUUCUCGAGUCACCUCGCGUAAAGGAUUACGAAUUUUAGUUGAAACUAAAGAAGAAAGUUUGAAAGGAUAUACACAGAAUAUUGUUUAUAGUGAAAUUUUUGAUGAUCUAAACUAA